UCUCCAUUUGGAUCCAUUUCUUUGGGGUUGUUCUCUCUCUCGACUCGAGAGCCUCGCAAUCCCCCCAUUCCUUCCACAACUCCGUUGGAUCAGCAGCCAGCUAGAGUAACAACCAAUUCGUCAGCGCCGGCCGAUAUGUUUCUAUUCGACUGGUUCUAUGGAGUUCUCGCAUCUCUUGGGUUAUGGCAGAAAGAGGCCAAGAUCCUCUUCUUGGGCCUCGAUAACGCCGGCAAGACCACUCUCCUUCACAUGUUGAAAGACGAGAGACUAGUCCAGCAUCAGCCGACCCAGCACCCUACAUCGGAGGAGUUGAGUAUUGGGAAGAUCAAGUUCAAGGCUUUCGAUUUGGGCGGCCAUCAGAUCGCUCGCCGCAUCUGGAAAGACUAUUACACCAAGCAGGUGGAUGCAGUUGUCUACCUUGUGGAUGCCUAUGACAAGGAAAGGUUUGCCGAGUCCAAGAAAGAGUUGGACGCACUCCUAUCGGACGAAGCACUGGCCAACGUUCCGUUCCUCAUUCUAGGAAACAAGAUUGACAUCCCCUAUGCAUCUUCAGAAGAAGAGCUUCGAUACCAUCUAGGGCUUACCAGUUUCACAACUGGCAAGGGGAAGGUCAACCUCAUGGACUCCAAUGUCCGGCCUCUUGAGGUCUUCAUGUGCAGCAUCGUCCGCAAGAUGGGUUAUGGGGAUGGCUUCAAGUGGCUCUCUCAGUACAUCAAGUAGAGAGAGGGAGAGAGAUGAAGCAGCAGAUAUAAUAGAUGGGUUCUUCCUUCUUCAUUUUCUUUUCUUUCUCUUUGCCCCUUUUUUUCUGGGUUUAUCUUCGUGACAUUUUUGCAGUUAUUUGGCACAAUUAGAUUGGAAGAAUGGAAUUCUUUGUUGUUGUUAUGGGUAGAACUGAAUUGGUUGGUUGCAGGAUUAAGCAAAACUUGGCAGUAUAAACCAUCCUCUAUUGCUAUAUAGCUCACUGUUGCAGGUCAAUCGCUGAAACUUGCUGGACAAGAAAGCUGAUGCUAUGUUUGUGACACCAAAAUGUAUCGACCUGUUCUUGUUCAAAUCACAUUUGACACAUGCUUUGAGGCAGUUGGAAAGUGGGA